CGAUCUCACCGUGGUCCUCGGUCUCCCGGUCUCUCUCAGGCAGCCGGUCCCCAGGGGCGCCACCGCCGCCUCCUCGGGGGCAGGUGCGGGCGACAGCCGACCGAGGGGAUGAUGAACAGGUUCCGAAAGUGGCUGUACAAGCCCAAGAGGUCAGAUCCACAACUUCUUGCUCAGUUCUAUUAUGCAGAUGAAGAAUUAAAUCAAGUAGCUGCUGAAUUGGAUAGCUUGGAUGGAAGAAAAGAUCCACAGAGAUGCACAUUACUAGUCAACCAGUUUCGUUCAUGUCAGGAUAAUGUCUUAAACAUUAUAAAUCAGAUAAUGGAUGAAUGCAUUCCAAGUGAUCGAGCAAAUCGAGAUUUUUGUGUCAAGUUCCCAGAGGAGAUACGCCAUGACAAUCUAGCUGGCCAGCUUUGGUUUGGAGCAGAGUGCUUGUCUGCAGGUUCUAUUAUCAUGAAUCGUGAAAUAGAGAGCAUGGCUAUGAGGCCGCUGGCUAAAGAUCUAACGCGUAGCUUGGAAGAACUUAGAAACCUCAUUCGGGACCAAGCCUUAAGAGAUUUAAACAUUUACACUGAAAAAAUGAAAGAGUCUCUCAAACAUUUUGAUGUCCUAUUUGCUGAAUUUGAGUUGAGUUAUGUCUCAGCAAUGGUACCUGUAAAGUCACCAAAGGAAUAUUAUGUACAACAGGAGGUAAUCGUGCUUUUUUGUGAAACAGUGGAGAGAGCUUUGAAGCUUGGAUACCUCACUCAAGAUAUGAUUGAUGACUAUGAACCAGCAUUAAUGUUUACAAUUCCAAGAUUAGCCAUUGUAUGUGGGCUUGUAGUUUACUCUGAAGGACCUUUGAACCUGGACCGUAAGGCAGAAGAUAUGUCUGAGCUGUUUAGACCCUUCCACACUUUGCUAAGAAAAAUAAGAGAUUUACUGCAAACAUUAACUGAAGAAGAACUACACACACUUGAACGGAACCUUUGCAUAUCCCAAGAUAUGGAAUUCUCUGUCAGAACAGAUCCAGAAGUGCCCUCUGUCAUUGCACCCACUUUAGCUGCGACUUUCCCUCCUGAGAAGCUUUCUGUCACUGCAGAAAAUUCAGAGGCUGAAUUAGCCUGCUCAAUGCAGUAUGAUGAACAGGAAUUAGAACAGCUCAAUCAGAUGGUUCACAGGGUAGGAGAUGAAAUGUCCUCUCUCCUUUCUCCACCCAGUGUAUGCCAAUCUCCAGCACACAGAGCUGGUCUAAGAAACAACUCAAGUACAGAGGCCUCACCAAGUAGGUCAAAUCUUGAACAUUUAAAUGAUGAAGAGGAUAGAGUCUUUUUUAUGGAUGACCUUGAUGGAGCAGGAGAAUCCCUUGCGAGGGAAGAAUCAGCUAGUGAAACUUUGGUUUGGGUCAACAACACUUGUCAGGAUCUGUUAAAGGAAAGGGUCCCUCAGAAUUUAGAGAAUGGGGAAGCAAGAGAUGGUUUACACACAAAAGAAAUGGAAAGUGAUUUGAGCAAUAACAAUAAUAUUGAAGAUGGCAAAAUGCAGAAAACUGGGCUCUCCAUCCAGAAUUCUUGCAGUUGUUUAGAUACACAAUUAUACCUCAAUGGCUGGGAUGUGAAUGCUGAAAAUGCAGAAACAGCAGAAAUGAUAGCUCAUAGGACUGGUGGAAUGAAGAUAUCUGCUACCGUCAUAUUUAAUCCUAAAUCUCCUACUUCUUCCAAUUCACCUGUAACUACACCAGAAGUACCAAGUAAUUGUGUUCCUGGACCCAACUCAAGAACUGAUGAAGAAGAAAAUGAAUCCCAUCAGCUCGGCAUUGCUGCCACAAAUUGUCUCAUUAACUCCUGUGUGUGUUGUGGUAGCUGUGAGGAUAACAGGGAGGAUAACAUAGAAAGCUUAAAGACUAAAUGUGCUCCAGGAAAAGUUAUAAAAAAUGCCUCUUAUAAUUUAGUCAAGUCUAAAGAAAAAGAUCACAUAGAUAAGUCCACUAAUUCAGCAUCCACUCCAGAGACACUAAAAACUGAAAGUGUCCCUGCAGAAAGAGACUGUGACCAGCAAGAACCUAAACACUCUCAUUCCUCCAAGUGCCUGGCACAAAACUCAGGUUCACCAGUGGGAAGUGAUAAUGGGUCACAAGUCGAAGAGGAUGUGGCAGGUCAACAGAAACAGCAUGAAAAAAGAAGACAACCAAGUGAGAAGCAGUCAGAGACCAGAAAGCAAAGUAGAAGCAAAAGGACAAGCAAAGAAGGAGUAAAAACAAGACCUAGUUCUAGGAAUAUAAUUUUUCCCCUGAGGACUGCUUUACUAGCAUCCCAGAAAUUUUGCAGUAUGAAGACAAGUUCCUGUUCGUCAGAAGGCCCUGACCAGGAAGAGAUCCAGCUGGCCUUACAGGCCGCAAAAAGGGCUACAAGAGAAAAGAUCAGAUCCCGGUUUCACAGCAGCAGUGACCUAAUUCACCGACUUUUUGUCUGCAUAUCAGGUGUUGCUGAUCAACUGCAAACAAAUUAUGCAAGUGAUUUACGAAGUAUUCUUAAGACCUUAUUUGAAGUUAUGGCAACUAAGCCAGACACAGAAGAUGGGGAGAAGUUAAAGAAAGUAAAUCAGAAUUUAAGAAGUGCAGCUCUUGAAGAUUGUGCCCUUUGCCAGGAAACAAUAUCUUCUUCUGAACUUGCAGCCAAGGCAAGAGAUGGAGAUUUUGAAGAUCCUCCUGAAUGGGUACCAGAUGAAGCCUGCAGCUACUGCACAGCAUGCAAAGCGCCUUUCACUGUUAUUCGGAGGAAGCACCACUGUAGGAGCUGUGGCAAGAUUUUCUGCUCCCGCUGCUCUUCCCACUCUGCACCGUUACCUCGUUAUGGUCAGAUGAAACCUGUCCGUGUUUGCACUCACUGUUACAUGUUCCAUGUCACGCCUUUUUAUAGUGACAAAGCUGGUAUUUGACAUAUUAAACUAGUGAUCUAUUUAAUGAAGUCAUACAUGGACUAAAAUUCUAUGUGACUUAAGCCAAGAAUUAACUGGAAAGAAGGAUCCUGUCAGAAACAUGUAGGCUUUAAGCAUCCAUCAUAAUGUAUUUUGUACAGAUGGUUUUUAUUGCAUUUUCCUAAGCUGCUAAAGGGAACUAUGGGAAGCCUAUGGCUACUGGGGCUGCAAUAGUCUUCCACAAAUUUCUAACGUUAAUAUGAUGAUGCUAUAUGAUACAGGAGAAACACACUUCAUGAAAUGAGGGGGGGGUCCCUAUUUAAGCUACCAAGGCUUGCAUUGCUGCCCAUCUCCCAAACUCGCAUUUGUGUCCUCCUUAUAGGAAACUGAUUCCAAGCUGCUCACUGGCUUUUGGCAGAUGUCUUCUUCCUUUUGCUGGCUAGCCUUUUAAGUAAAUAAACUCUGGCCAAAUGUUACCAAAUUUACACAGAAUAUUUAGAGAGGCAAAAUUAUCUUUGAAAUGAAGAGGAAGCUCUUGAAUUUCCAGAGCUAUACGUUGCUGUUGCCUUUUGUUUGGGAAUCAUAGCAAUAAUUCUGAAGCUCUGCUCUUUUAUUGUUACCUUGUUUUGCAUGGGGUGGGCACUCUUAAGGAUUCAUUACAUCUGACACCAUUUCUUCCACCUCUUGGUUGUUUAAAAAAAUGAGAAUUAAUAUGAGAGUUUUAUUUAUAUCAUCAAUAACAAUAGUGAAAAACAAAUGUCAGGGACAUUGGUAAGUCGAUACAAAAUACUUUUUAUUUUUGGACUUUUGCAGAACAAGGCACUGUUGUAUGUGGAGCUGCUUAUGAAACCAAAAAUAUUUAAAAGACAGAUAUUAAGACUGUCCAUUUUUUAUUCAAAAAGUCCUAAACAUUUACUUACAUUUUAGGGAUACAAAAUCUGCAAUAUAUCAUUUAUGACAUAAUUUUAUAAAUCAUGUCUUAGUCAUUUUUUUUUUCAAUUAGAUGCAGGCCUGUCUUAGGAGAAUGUAUCUAAACCAGUAGAAAAAUAAUUUCUUAUCCAAAGGGGAAAAUACAGUGAGUGGGUUUUUUUGUACAGCAAGAGGUUUAUUUUCCAAAGUAUCUGCCCUAAAGUUUAUUCACCAGUAGAGUGAAGAACUUGCUUUUGCCAGACACCAGAUUUUGCUUUCUUCAGUAUCCAUAUUCACAUGGAGUACUACGUCACUAAAGAGCUGACAAGAAAACUGUGUGUUCUUUCUUUCAGAAAAGAAUCUGAUUCAACAGGGCAGACAAAACUGGUAUCCUUUUUCAGCAAUUUUCUGCCCCACACAAACCAAUCAGAUAAGAUCCUCAGGUUUUCUUGGUUGUUCAGAACAUAACAUUUACAUUACACGGAACCACAUGGCAUCGGGCAUAAGAAUUGCACCAGAGGGCUCAGUGCAGUGUUAAGUCAUAUUAUCAUGUCUGCACGGGAGUUUUGUUUCGUUUCCUUUUUGUAACCUUCCUCACCAAAUCCUACAGAGGGGAUCUCAGUGAUGGCCCCGGUUUUUUUUGGCUCAGCAUGAUGCAGGUCUCUCAUGCCAAGGGGAAAACUGAGAACUGUGGUACCAAACAGUGAUACCUAUUCAGGCUUCAAUCUCAGGCUUCACAUUGCAAUGAUUAUUGCAGUUUUAUUUUUGAGAAAUGACAAACCUAAUGCUUCUUUUAUAGGAUUAAUAAAUAAAUAAAAUUUAAUUGUGACAUUAACAUGCACAAAAGUUGCUUCUUCUGUAAAAAAAAAAAAAAAAGUCUUUUAUUUAAUGGAGUGAAUUUAUUUAUUCCAGCUUAUUUUUAUUCUGUAAAUGCUGUAAUUCAAAAUCAUUUCCAUAUUAUAUGCAUAUAUAUAUAAGGAUCUCAGACACUAUAGUUUCUUAUGUAAAUACAGAAUCCUAUUUCUUUUACUGAAAAGCACAAUGAUUCUAUCAGUAUUAAUAUGCAUUUGCCUCAGAGAAGACUUUGGUCUUAUUAUCUCUUGAGAUAAUUAAAAGGUCAGGACUUUCUACUUCCA